CAAAAUACUUCAAACAACCGUACACCUGACCAAUCCUAAAAUCUUAGCACAAUGGCAGCCGAAAAAGAUUAGGAAGCCUGAGAUGAACACUUCUUGCAAUGGUGAUCUCAACAAAAAUGAGACAGAACAAAAAAGUGAGCUACGGAUUGUCCUGGUUGGAAAGACGGGGGUGGGAAAAAGUACAACUGGAAACACCAUCCUAGGAGAAGAAGUCUUUGAAUCCACCCUCUUAGCUGGAUCUGUAACUAAAGAAUGUAAAAAGGAGUUUAGGAUUAUCAACGGAAGAAAAAUUUCAAUUAUUGACACUCCUGGUCUUUUUGACACACGCAUGACCGAAGAGGAGGUAGAAAAAGAAAUAAAGCAGUGUAUAUCUUUUUCUGCUCCAGGUCCACAUGCCUUUCUAGUUGUAAUUAAAUUGGAAAGAUUUACAAAGGAGAAUGCAAAAACAAUAGAAUACAUAGAGAAAAUAUUUAGUAAGUCAGCUUUAAAUUACACAAUGGUACUGUUCACUCAUGGAGAUCAACUUGAAGGACAGGACAUUAAAACAUUUGUGCACAGCAACCCAGAACUACGAACAGUACUCAGAAACUGUGAGGGACGGCAUUUUGUGAUUGACAAUAAAAAGCAGGAUUUUGCACAGGUUAAAAAUCUACUAGAUCAAAUUGAUGAAAUGGUUAAUGAUAAUAAUGGAGAACACUACACUAAUGACAUGCUUCAAGAGGCAGAGAGAGCAAUUGAGGAAGAGAAAAAACGGAUCCUGAAAGAGAAUGAAGAAAAAUUGCAGAGGGAGAUUGAGGCUCUAGAUCAUAAAUAUCAAGGUUUAAAACUAGAGGAAAUGAAAAUGCAAUUAGCAAAGCUACAGCAGGAAAAGGCAAGAACUGAAGCUGAGAAAAUGAAUUCUUUCCUUUUGAGUGCACUUAUGUUAGCCGUCAAUGUCAUAAAAUUAUGGUUUUCGUCCUAAAAGUUUGAUUUGAUUUUAAAUCAUUACAUUUUCCCAAUGAAAUAUGCUCUCCACUGACAUCCCAGCAGAAUCUCCGAAGAGCCAAUGUUUUCAAACAAUUUUGUUUGCCAAAUGACGGUUCUUAUAUGACAAAAUGGCAAAACUGUACGAAUAGGGAAAUUAAAGAUUGACUGGUUUUAUUUUGUUAUUAUUGUUUUUGCAUGAAAAACAUUAAUAACCAUUUUAAGAUUAUUUGUUUUUUAUGGAGGGUAUAAUUGAUUGUUACACUGACAUUUAGAAACCUGAGUUAAUACGUAUUGCUGAACUGAUUAUUCCAAGUAUGGGAUGAAAAUAUUGGUCUAUGAGAAACGUUGAAAUGUUUUGAUUAUUGUUUUACUGAAUUAUUUUUGGUGAAUUGGU